CAGCAGCCAUGGAUGCACUCAUGAUACACACUCUGAUUCAAAGUCGAUAUUCAAUCUUCGAUGCUUGUGGGGAACUCCCAUUUUCGAUAAUCUUUGGCCUCUGUCGUAAUUCGUCAGAUGACAUUGACCCUAGAGCUUUAGUUGUCGAUAUCUCUGGCUCGGUCUUGGAUGUGCCUUAUGCACUAGCUAACGAGUUACUCAAAUCACAUGGUAUCAGCACACUUCGCAGCGAUAAGCAGGGAUUGAAGGAUGCAAAUAUAUCGACGUCGCCUUCCGCGACGCGUUUCGUUACGCUUCCAUCGCCUAUGGGAAGGACGAAACACUACAAAGAAUGUUUCACGAUCUUCGAGUAUCGCAUCGAUGCAGAUAGCGAGCUUGCUUCUUUGCUGCAGCCAGGCAAGGAGUAUAGUAUCAAGCUCGCUAGCAGGGAUAUAGGCAUCAAAUGGUGGACCUAUGUCGAUGAACCUCAACUCCCUCUGAGCGAAGAACAGAUCUCACAAUCAUCAGAGCCAGCAAAAUUGCUCAAUAGUAAACCCUCUGCCGGUCAUGCUGCCUUCACAGUAGUGGAUUCUCUACCAUGGCCACCAGAAGUCAGAACACACAUGCGCAUCAUACCAGCUACAGAGACCGCGGUUGAAUUACUCGAAAUCUCCAUGACAAACACCGGACCACUUCCUCUUAGCAUUCAAGUACAAGGCCGCCAACGUUUCCUCGAACCUCAAGGUCUUUUUGGCCCAGAGAAUUCACAAAUGACCCCUUCUCACCGACCCUUGGAAACAGAAACACCAGUCCUGUAUCUCGGGUGCUUGGUCACAAAUACAGCAACCGAUGAGAUCGUUCUAGGUGAUGGAAAGCGUCGCACUGGCUGCAUAGGUCUCACAUCCGGAAGAGUGGAUCCUCGGCCCAGAAUGCAGGAUUUGAUUACCCUUGAGCCUGCACAGCCGUUGAUUAGACAUGUGGAUCUUGGUGGUAUUGUUGUUGGAUUGGAAGAUGGUACAUAUCGUGUCAGUUUCCGGGAAAAGGCUAUGUGGUGGUGUGAAGGGAGGAAGGAAAAUAUCUGUGAUCAGGAAGAUGGAAGGGUUAAGAAAGAGUUGUUUAGAAAGGAUAUACCGCCUGUAAUGCUGAGGUGUGAGGAUACGUUUGAGUUGAGGGUCGUAGAUGAGGAGAUGGUCAGGUCCGGAUCAACGUUAGCUUUCCAGUACAAGAGUACACACGGUUCGUCAGAAACUUCUCUAUCGGUGGAAGCACCUGCAAGCAAUGCGUAA